AUGGCACUGUCGGCCACGGGAACAUGCCUCGUGCCAAUUUUUGGUCUGCUCUUUCAAUUGCAGCCGCAAGUCAUGCAAGGACUACACGUCCGCACCAGCGGGGCAGCCUAUAAUUGCUAUGUUGUAGGCGUCAUGUACGCCGCUGUAUUCUUGAUGUGCGGUCUCGUUACUCGCAAUUGCUUGUGCACCAAGCAAGAAAAGCCUCAGUGCACCGGAUUAAGAAGAAACGAGCGCUACAAUCUCUCGUUCGUAGGGCUGGAGAGCAAAGAGUUUUCUCGAGCCAUGGACGCGAUGGACAGAAAUGGCGACUGCCGUACUUGA